AUGAAUCACUCAACAAACGACAUCGGAGAAACGCUUUUAAAAGACGAUUUUAGUGUUGAUUCGCGUUUAAUGAAUUGUAGUCGUGAGAAUUGCUUUUCUGAUGAAAACUUAAAGUUCGACGAAUCUAUGAUAAGUCAAGAACAUAUUUAUGAAAAUAUUUCUCUAAAAGCUGAGAAAAAGCACCGAAGUUGGAGUAGUUUUGUUAAUAAAUACCGAAGAAAGUUAAAGUCCAAAACGGAUCAAUUAGAUCAACAGGUCAAUUACAAUACAUGGUUAUCAGCGGAUUCACAAAAUCUGGGCGAAGAAGACGAUGAAUAUAAUUCUUCUUGUUCGCUUAGUCAAUGUCAGGAAGAAAAUAUUUACGAGAAUUUAACUUUCGAAAACAAAGGCGAUCUUAAUAGUCAUUAUGAUGAUGACGAUGACGAUGACGAUGACGAAAUAUUUGAGACAAACUCCGUAAGUUAUUGGCUUGAAGCUCUUUUAAACAACACUGAAGAUUAUGAAUCAGAUGAAGUUAUGAUUACUAAAUGUAUACCAAGUCAACAUGAAACUGUGAGGUGUUAUCAAAGCACAAACUUACACAGUGAUUUUUUUAAGUUAAUACAAUCACGUUUCGUGACAUAUUCGGAUUUAGACAGAUACAAAUUGGAAAUUUUAAGCAAGUGUUUUGAUGCGAUAUGGAAUCGGGACUCAGAAAAUGAGAUUUUGAGUGGAUUAUACAUUUUUCUUAAUGAUAUUUUCUCGGCAUACUUCAGGAAAUCGUCCACUUACAAAAUGAAUGAACCACAUGUGUCUCAUUCGAAGGAAAAAUCCAUCAUUAGACAACAAAAUAACAACGAAAAUUCCUAUAGCACCACUGUAUGUAAAGCCAAUGAUAACAGAACCUUCCAAAAGCUCGAGACUUUUAUCUUAUCAGUCACUUUAAACAGACUUACGAUAACUUAUAAUGAAAGUAUAAAAUCUUUUUUCGCGCUUGAAAAUUCACAAGCGUUUCAACGUUACAACGAAGAUAUUCUAAUUUUUUGUCGUUCGCUUGCUUCAAAUCGACGAAAGUUUCCACAUUCAGAAAAUGCUGCUAGUCUUGGAUUACAGAAAACAUUAGAAGUGAUCUUGUGCAAUAAUAAAUUCUCUGAUAAAUAUCGCAGAAAUAAAAAAAAGGCCAUAGAAAGCAAUGAAAAGACAUUCUUAAAUGACAUUAAUCAAGUUGUUGAACAAACCAAUACAUUGGAAGAGAAUAUUUAUCAACCAAUUUGGAAGUGGAGAACUGAUUGUAAUAACAUAAGUACACGUGAUGAAAUUUAUGCAUCUUUGGAAUCAAUAAAAUCUGAUUACGAAGGUUGGGAAGUUGAUUCAGAAUUUUCGUUCAUAAGUUCGAAGCACCAAAGUUUAGUGGAAUUGGAUAAAAAUAUGUACAAAUCUGUUUGCAUUCUGUACAGUGAAGAAAAUCCCGAGUUGAAUAAAAUUAUUUAUGAUUAUAAAUCAGAGAUAAAAAGUGAAACUGUUGCUCCUACAAAAAAUGAAACUGAAGUGUUAGAUUCUACUCCAACAGAAACGAAAUAUCAGUCAAAAGAAUUCAACUUUAAUAAUGAAUUUAAUUCAGUAAAAGAUUGGAUAACAUUGUUGAAACAUCCAAAUUAUAUUGACGACGAAGAAUCGAUGAUUAUGUCAGAAACUGAAUUAACGUUUGGUAAGCUUGUUCAUGCAGAAUACAAAGAUUCGAACAAAUCUUUAGACAGUUUGGAAUCAAAAGACGAAUCGCCUCCGAAAAGCAAAAUAAUUUCAAUGUCAAAUGGAAGUUAUGAGUUGAACACGAAAGAAACUGCAACGGACAAGCCCAUCCCAGGAAACUACAGAAACAUAAAUGAAGGAGAAACAUCAAUUCCUGAAUCUUCUGAACAAAUUGAAGAACCAAAAAAAGAAAGAGAAGGGUUCAGAAACAAAUUAAGAAAGUUUAAAUUAAAAUCAAGUAAAACUCCAAGCCCUAGUCGAAAUCUAAAAGUGAACAAUCAAGACACCCCGAAGGAAAGUGAUGAUGAAUCUUUUGGACCUGACCUGGAAACUGUCGAGAAAGAUUCAAAAUCAAAAGUUAUUCCUAGGAUAGUCGUCGAGUGUGUUCAAAUUCUAGAAAACGACAUCAAUUUAAAGACACCGGGACUUUAUCGUGUAUCAGGUAAUAAAACUGUGAUCGAAGCUCUCAAAAAGAAAAUGAACGAUAAGAAGUUAUCAAAGAAAGAAUCAAUGACAAGUCUUUUGAAGAAUCAAGAUGUUCAUAGCAUUGCAGGAGUAUUGAAAAUGUUUUUCCGUGAACUCACUCCACCAUUAAUGUCACCUCAAGUUUUUCGUUCAUGUACUAACGGAAACGUCACCUUGGAUCAAAUUUGUUUAUACUUGAAGGAAAUGCCGGCUUGUAAUUAUGAAACUCUUAAAUACUUAAUGGCUCAUCUUAAGAAAGUUGAGCAGUUCAGUGAAGAUAAUUUGAUGAAUUCGGGAAAUAUUGCAAUCUGCUGGGGUCUUUGCAUCUUUUCAUCCAGCUUUGACCCUUCCAAUAGUGAUUUCUUCGAGAAUGAUAUUUCUAAAUGUAAUAUGUUGUGUAAAAAGAUGAUAGAUUUCUAUGAUACAAUUUUCAAAGAGUAGCAAGAUGAGUUUUAAGAAUCUGUGCUGAUCGUCCAUUAAUUGAAUCAAAUUGAGCAUUAACUUUUUGCACAUUAAUUAAGUUUAGAACCAAUAAUUGAGUAAAUAUAAAAUUAAUAGAUAACAUAAGAAAUAAAAUAAUCUAUAAGUUGUAGUUCCUGUAAAUAAAAUAACGACCGAGCUUAAAAUAACUAACCAAAAAUUUUUAGAAUAUAUGCAGGGUGAACAUCGUUUCAACAGCUUUCAGGCUACAUAGUCUUUGAUAAGUCAAGCUUAUCCUACUUAACAAUCCCUACCUCAAACAAGAUAAUAAAAUUUUUAAUGUUUUCCUUUUAUUUCAUUAUAGA